AUGGUAUUAUGUCUCGACGGCUUUUUAAACGUUCCGGCAGCCUCGCCAAACUCCUCUGCUCCCGGACGCGGCGACAGCGACGGACAGAACUCGUGCAGUAUCCGGCGCAACAAACCCCGUCCGAUUGGUUUGGACAGGAAUCCAGACAUCCCGGCGUUGAGACAGUCUUCUUUGUUGCUCUGGUCAGCGAACGCAGUCAGAGCCACUAUCGGCCCGGUGUACUUGAGCUCGUCUCUGAUCACACGCGUGGCAGAGAGCCCGUCGAUGUUUGGCAUCUGGACGUCCAUAAAGACCAGGUCGUACGUCUCGUUGUUGGCCUGGGCCUCCUUCAUCAGAAGAAUGGCUUCAGAUCCAUCGCACGCUAGUGUGGUGUCUGUAAUUCCUUCCAGUCUCAACAUCCGUUUGAUCACCUCCUGGUUGACCAGGUUGUCCUCGGCUAUCAGGAACCGCAGCGAACAGGAGCCGGUCGACGCCACACCUGAGGAGUUGGACGACGUGCCAGAACUCGUGGACGAUUUCCGGUUCGAGUGCGCAGUUCCCGUGGAAGCUCUGGUGAUCAGGUCUGGUUUCUGGAAGUACGAAAUCUCGUUCUCGUUGGUACUCUUGAACGCUUCUUCGUCAGCAAAGCUCACCUUCUUGAUCUUGUCCUCCUCUGGCUCGAACUCGCCAACCUGA